UGCCCCCCCCCCCGUCCCCCCACCCCCACCCCGCCUCGCUCCCAGCCUCCCCAAAAACCCUAACCCUAGCCAGCACCCGCACCGGGGAGAUGGACGGCGGCGGCACGCACCGCACGCCGGAAGACGUGUUCCGGGACUUCCGCGCGCGGCGGGCUGGCAUGAUCAAAGCGCUCACCACCGACGUGGAGAAGUUCUACCAGCAGUGUGACCCAGAGAAAGAGAAUCUGUGUUUGUAUGGUCUUCCCAAUGAAACAUGGGAAGUGAACUUGCCUGCAGAGGAGGUUCCUCCUGAACUUCCAGAGCCAGCUCUGGGAAUUAAUUUUGCUCGUGACGGGAUGGAUGAGAAAGAUUGGCUGUCACUAGUAGCGGUGCACAGUGAUGCUUGGUUGCUGGCUGUGGCCUUUUACUUUGGUGCAAGAUUUGGAUUUGACAAAGAAUCCAGGAAGCGGCUUUUUGUCAUGAUUAAUAACCUCCCUACCAUAUAUGAAGUUGUCACGGGAACUGCCAAGAAGCAAACCAAGGAGAAAACUCCCAAAAGCAGCAGCAAGAGCAAUAAAUCUGGCUCAAAACCACCACGCCAGCCAGAACCCAACUCAAGGGGUUCCAAGAUGCCACCUCCAAAGGAUGAGGAUGAUAGCGGAGGCGAGGAAGAGGAGGAAGAGGAAGAUCAUGAAAACACAUUGUGUGGUGCUUGUGGUGACAACUACGGACAGGAUGAGUUCUGGAUAUGCUGUGAUGCCUGUGAGACUUGGUUCCAUGGCAAGUGUGUCAAGAUCACUCCUGCCAAGGCCGAGCACAUCAAGCACUACAAGUGUCCGAACUGCAGUGGUAGUAGCAAGAGAGCGCGGGUGUGAUCCUGCUGGAUAUAUCCAUCUCUCAUGCCUGAAGAACCAAGAAUUUGACUUGCUGUAAAACGGGUCGAAUGCCCGAUGGUUAUGCAUUUAGUUGUUGCUUUCAGUUUAGGACCAGCUGUAGGGUCUUGAUGUGCUGUUUGUUGUAUGUCAGAGACAUUCUAGAUCUAUUGUUAGUAACUAGGAACUAACUGUAGUAGCCUGUAUUUCUUCAAGCUUCUCCCAGUGCGCCUGUACUGGACUGAGAAACUGUUUUAGAUCUAAGUUGUGCAUUAUGUACGACCGUCUACUCAUGUUAGUUUGUUAAAAAGUUGUGUGCUGGCAUUCUCUGCGUGCAUACUCAUAUGAAACUCUACAUCUCCA